AUGCAAGGCGAAUAGAGUUUAUUGUCAUUAAUGUCUUAAAAAUGGAGAUCAUGUUGCUCAUAUGAAAAUUAAAAAAAUUUUAAGGAACUUAUUGAGUUUUUCUAAAAAACUGAUAAUGAAAGUGAAAGUUUAAUCUCGAAAAUAAGUGUAAUGGUAGAAGAAAUAAAUGAUCUAUUUACUAUCUUAUGUUUAGGAUUAUAAAAUAAAUACCAAUUCAAUAAAGAGAGGUUGUAAAGAUUGAAUGCAAAGCAUUUGGGUUAAGCUUUAGAUUAAGUGAUUAAAUUUCAUGAGAAUGACGCAGAUUUAUUAGAAGAUGUAAAGAAAUAUUCGAAGGAUCUUAUGGAGUAAUUAAAAAAAAAUAUUUUCGAAUUGAAACUAGAGGAAUCAAAUUAUUUUGAAUUAAAUCAAUAGGUAAAAAAAAAAUUAGAUGAAUUACAUGAAAGGGGUAAUUAAAAAUGAUAAAUUUAGGAAUCAAAUUAUAUUUGGACAAAAAAUAUGAAGAAGCAAUAAAUUUAUUAGAUACUAUUUUACUCAUUAAUCCUUAUCAUAUAAAUUCAUUAUAUCGGAAAGGUAGAAACAUCAUAAAUAAAUAUAAUAGCUAGGUCCUUAUAUAUGAUUCAUAAUUAUAAUGAUGCAAUUGUAUGGGUUGAUAAGGUUUUGUCUAUCCUAAACAUUGCAACUCAUUAUAAAUAAAAGGUAGACAGAUCAUAUACUAAUGAAUUAGCUAAUUCUCUAAGAACGAUUGGGAAAUAUAAUGAUGCCAUUAUAUGGGCUGAAAAAGCUUUGUCUAUUGAUUAAAAGGAUGUCAACACAUUAUAUACAAAAGGUAUAAAAU